GGCCGCGGCGCAGGCGCGGUGUCGCGACUUCGGCGGUGGGGAAACAUGGCGGCUCCGACGCUAAGUGGGAGGCUGUACUCCCUGCUCUUCCGCAGAACCUUCACCUUUGCCCUAACCAUCGCCGUGGGUGCCCUGUUCCUCGAGCGUGCCUUGGAUCAAGGCGCGGACGCGAUCUACGAGCACAUCAACCAGGGGAAGCUGUGGAAACACAUCAAGCACAAGUAUGAGAACUAGUUCCUCGGAGACGCCCAUCGAGGCCUUAUGGACCAGGUGCACCCGCCAG